CGUCUAUGCAAAAAGGUCAACUUUACAUAUAUUUAUAAAUAACACGAGAAAUCAUUUACAACAGAACAAUUUAGCAUUUUAGAUGCAUCACGUUGUCAUUAAACUGCUAAUAAUCUUACACCAAGAUCUUAAUUAUGCAUAACAGAUUCAUAAAUCUAAACCUCAGUUUAAACCUUAAACUAAAACGUCCAUUUGUCACAAAGGGUUAAAACAUAUGUUCCCUGAUAGUUCAACAUUGUAUCAUGUUUGACAUGGGCCUAGAACAGCACGCCCGACCAUUCUGACAGGAGAAUCGCUCUUCAGAGCGAGACGGGAGAGAGAGAGAGAGAGAAAAAUGAAGAGAUGAUUGGUGAGGAAACUCCAGAACAAAGAGGCCUUCAACAAGCUAAACGUUUCCUGGGUCAUACGCUUGUCCAAAAAGGGGCGGAAGCCACAGUCAUUGUAUUGAUUUACACAAUCCAACAUCCCAUUCGCUAGGUCAGAAAUAGCGGCCGCACUGUUGUCACGUCCUCGUAUAUCACAGCAAAGCCUGUGGAUGGUGCGUUGUAGUCACGAAGACACACAUGUUGUAAAGAUUGUGUGUGUGCGCAUGCGUGGGAACAGGGGGUCAAGAGGGAUUUGAAGUGCCCUUAGGUUACACACAAUAAGCCCACUUUAGCCACAAACGUAUACAGUAUGUACUUUAGUAUUUGAACAUUUCAGGACACAACGUAAAAAUGAGAAGAGUUUUAUUUUUAAAGUGCAAAACACCCCGAGCAGUAAAACAGUCAUGGGAUGGCCUUCAUUUACACCGUGUAUUAAAAUUCAAAAUACAUUUUGUAUUAUAAAACGCUAAGAAAUGACUUUUCUGAUACAUCAAAUUUGUUUUAGUCAUCAAGUAUUCCGGUUGCUUAAUUGGUAAAACAUGGUUCUGGCAACAACACCAUCAUGGAUUUGAUUCCCACAGAAAACAGAAAUUAAAUUAAAGGCACAGCAAGUUAUGUGUAUGCAAAAGUAAUUGCAUCUAUAUUGAAAAUAUUUCUAAUAAAAACAAAAAAUGUGGCACGGGCACCAGGUUAACUUUGCAAUCUGUAUGACUUUGUGACUACACUAUCCUGGAUGAAAUCAUGCUUGCGGCUGUAUUACUGUGCUGUGAUUUACUGUAACCUUGGCAAACAAUAGACAGCAAACCGAUUCAGAUAUACAAAAAAAGUGCAGAAUACAUCACAGCAUGAACCAUUGAAGUGAGGGAGAUCUGAUAUGGUAGAGGUAAUGUGUGUGUGCAUAAAAGAGAGAGAGGGAGAAAGAGAUGGUUAGGGAGGAAAGCAAGGUUACUCUGCAAGCACAAAGGUGUCUGUAAAAACACUGUGUCAAAAUAUCGUAUAUAGGCGUAUAUACAUUCUUAAAUAUUUUUAAACUCGGCCACAGUCCUGAAAUGAAUGAAACACAUUGCAAUUCUUUUGAUUUCUACAUCGGACAGAAUGAACAUUACUGCUGUGCAUAACAAUGAUUACUUGCAGAUGCUUUUUUUUUUUGUUUUAAUAUUGCAUCAUAUCUUCGCUGUCAAAGGCCCUACCAGCUUUUUCUCCCUGACAGAGGCGAAAGAAAAUUCUGAUAAGUGUGAUCUCUGCCUGCAAACAACAGAACACUAUUAAUUAUGGUUGGCAAGAUCAUCCAGGCAAAAGGAGCCAAGCAGACCACAGUGAGGGUUAGAAGCAGCCAACCAUGAAGCCAAACCUCAGCACAGAUACAUUGACCAAUAAGAAUCAGUAUCAUGUGCUGAAACACAGAUGCAUUUAGAUACACUCUUAAGUAGGCUAUACCACUGUCACCUCUAAAACAUCUUAAAUAUAUGAUUUUUUCAACAUAUAGGCCUACAACAAAUGUGCUUCUUAAUUUCUAAAGAAAAAAGAAUUUGGUUGUAAACCUGAGCUUGUAGAAUUUAAAGAAUCCAAUUCGAUAAAGCUCUAAUAUCAUAUCACCACAAAUGAUGGCAUCCCUUGCGAUUUUAGCAUAUCAUAACCAGAAUCACACACAUCAGAACCUGUUUUUAAUAUCGUGAAAAUUGUUUUGAAAUUAAUUUUCUGAGUUUGGUAAAUCAAUUUGUUUGACAAUUAAAAAUGCUUAACAAAUAUAAUAUUUACAAAGCAUGUUCGAUAACGCUCCAAAUAAGCAAGGGUCUUUAUUGUGGCUAUUUAUGAAUUUUCAAUUCCACAUUAAGCUAAUUUUAAAGGAACUGUGGACGACUGUGACUAUUAAUUUAAAAUAAUCAUUAACAAAAAUGAUCAUUUAAAAAUAUUUCCAUCGAGCAGACUAUAGUUUUUAUCAAAAACAUUACAAACCUUUUACAUAACACAAGUUCUGAGUGCUUUAAUCGUUUGGUAAAAUAAACGUUUUUUAGUGUUUAAUAUGUUAAAUGACUUUGAUCACGAAACGCUUCAGAAUUUCAAACAAACUUUACUGCGCAGUAAUGAACAUAAAGAAUAAUUAAAUAGAAAUUCAAAACAUUUAAUGACAACACUAAUCUUCAGUUAAGUAAAAACCCUUCACUGUGCUAUAAAAGAAAAAAAACACGUAUUAAUGUUUACAGUAUUUCGAGAAAACUAUUAAAACGUUCGUUAAUUAGACGUGUAAUGUGUAAAACAUAAUUAUAUUAGAAUUAGUUGAAAAUUUUGAUUCCGUUCGAAAUGCAAGAGCCCAUAACGACACGCAAUAUCGUUCAAAUGUUGGCAAUAUAUAUGCUAAAAAACAGUCUCAAAUUAUUUUAAACAAAAGAAAACCUAAUUGAUUAACGAAAAAACAUUAUGCAUGCCUCAAAAAUAGCAUGUUUUCAUUGCAAAAAAGUAUUUAAAACGAUAAUAAAAAAGGUAACUCACAGAGUAUUAAAUGACAUACACUACAAUAAUUCUGUUGACAAUUGUUGUAUGAGAUGGCAUUCCUGCGAAAUAUUAUUUCUGUUAUUAGCUAAAUAAAAAAGCGGCCUGUAUUUAACGAAAACAAGCGGAUUCCGAAAAGAGCGCAUCGCAAAUAAACCAGUAUCUUCUCUCCUUCCAGAGUGGAGGUGUGUUUCCAUCAGACGAGUCUUCUCUUAGAUUUAGAUGUGUAUAAAAACUGAGGAUUAAUUUGUCGUCAAUAAACUGAAGCCAGUGACGAGUCGACGCGUGAUUGGACGAGCUCGUCUCAAACCCUCCCUUUAUAAUUUCACGGGAGUCAGUUCGGAGGUCUUAAACACACCUCGCCGGCAGCCGCCACAGCCAGGACACACGAGCACCCUGCACUUUCCAACCCCUAUUUCAAACCGAGAAAAUUCCAAGUGAAUUACAAGCGGGUUAUUUAACUACUGAACGCUGUGCCGGUUUGCGUCUGCGCUCCGCGUUUAUGGACUUUUAAUUGCAGCGCGCAACACUAGGGCUUCAACUUUUUUUCUCUGUGCGCAACUGAAAACAGAAGCUGAUGUUUUAGCUGUCAGAUUUGCGCAUGUGCUCCGCGCACAAAUAAAAGGUUUGCUUCUUUUUUUCUAGCAACCCCCUUUUUUCUUUAAAUAGUAAACCUUCUUCUCUAAAAUUGGCUCCUGUACAAACAGCCGCGUUGGAUCCCUCGGGUUACUGCGAGACUCCGGUGUACAACCCGGAUCUCUGUCCAAAUAUGAUCGCCGCCCAGGCCAAGCUGGUGUACCAUCUGAAUAAAUACUACAACGAGAAAUGCCAGUCUCGGAAGGCGGCCAUCUCCAAGACCAUCAGGGAGGUGUGCAAGGUGGUCUCGGAUGUCCUGAAAGAGGUGGAGGUCCAGGAGCCCCGCUUCAUCAGCUCCUUAAACGAAAUGGAUAACCGUUUCGAGGGGCUCGAGGUCAUCUCCCCCACCGAAUUUGAGGUGGUCCUGUAUCUGAACCAGAUGGGAGUCUUCAACUUUGUGGACGACGGUUCUCUGCCGGGCUGCGCCGUGCUGAAGCUCAGCGACGGCCGGAAGAGAAGCAUGUCUCUCUGGGUCGAGUUCAUCACGGCUUCGGGAUACCUGUCAGCGCGUAAAAUCCGCUCCAGGUUCCAGACGCUGGUGGCGCAGGCGGUGGAUAAGUGCAGCUAUAGGGACGUCGUUAAGAUGAUCGCGGACACGAGCGAGGUUAAAUUGCGCAUCAGAGACAGAUAUGUGGUUCAGAUCACCCCCGCUUUCAAAUGCACCGGCAUAUGGCCGCGCAGCGCGGCGCACUGGCCCCUGCCGCACAUCCCGUGGCCUGGUCCGAACAGGGUGGCAGAAGUCAAGGCUGAGGGUUUCAAUCUGUUAUCCAAGGAGUGUUACUCGUUAAACGGGAAGCAGAGCUCGGCGGAGAGCGACGCCUGGGUGUUGCAGUUCGGCGAAGCGGAGAACCGACUGCUGCUGGGUGGGUGCAGGAAGAAAUGCCUUUCCUUGCUCAAGACGUUGCGGGACCGUCACCUUGAACUGCCGGGACAACCUCUCAACAACUACCACAUGAAAUCUCUAGUAUCUUACGAGUGUGAAAAACACCCGCGAGAGUCGGACUGGGACGAAAACUGCCUCGGGGAUCGACUGAACGGGAUUUUAUUGCAGCUCAUAUCUUGCUUGCAGUGCAGGCGAUGCCCCCAUUAUUUUCUACCAACUCUAGACCUCUUCCAAGGGAAGCCUCAUUCGGGUCUCGAAAACGCGGCCAAACAGACUUGGCGACUGGCGAGAGAAAUUCUAACCAACCCUAAAAGCCUGGAGAAACUCUGAGGUCUACUGGCUGUUCUCUCACCUGCCAGGUUGUCCACUUCUUUCUCCUGCAACAGACUGGCAGCAUCAUCAUCCCCCUCCAGCAUCAGCUCUGUCUCGGUGAUCUGGCUGACCA